ACAGGGAGACGCACGCUCACGGACUUACGUCAACAGUCACAAUCGAGCUGUCCCGUUUUUCCAGUUUUCUGAGUGUAGCCUAGCGGGCACCGCGGAUCGAGAUGUCCGAGCUGCCCGCAGAGAGCCGGACCCCACAGCCGGGCGCCGCGACUGGCGGCAGCGACGUCCCGCCAGCGGAGAUAGGCGGCGGGAGGCUGAAGCCGGCCUCGGCGCGGCCGGAGGCCCGGUUGGCAGAGAUCGCCCGGUUGUUGGAGCCUGAGGAGGAAGAGGGUCCUGAGAGCAGGCCGAGGAACGACCGAGGCCUGGCUGCACUGCCAUAUCUCUGCCUCCGUCAUCCGCUUAUAGUCUUAGGAAUUACUUCCCAGCAGUUCAUCCGCCACUAUCUGGAAAACUACCCCGUUGCCGCGGGCAGAAUACACGCUCUUGAAGGACGCCGCAGGCGGUUUGUGGAAGCCGGCAGAGCUGGGGAAGCAGCGUUUGAUGCCGAGUAUCAGCGGAAUCCUCAGGAGAUGGAUUUUGAUGGUUUAACAUUUACCAUAUCUCUGACUGCAUCUGAAGUUAUCAAUCCUCUGAUAGAAGAACUUGGUUGUGAUAAGAUUACCAAUAGAGAAUAGUUAGGUGAGAACUUAGAGAACCUCUGCAUUCAGGACAAUAUGCCAAUCCAACUAAGUUGAUUAAAAAAAAAAGUUUUGACAGCAAAAGUAGAAACAACCUUUAAAAAGCUUAUUUAAAAAAUCAGACAAGAAAUGGGAAAAAAAUGUCACAAAUGUUAUAAGAUCUCCCUGUUUUCUCUGAGUUUGUUAUUGAGCCAGGUUCUUUUUCCUAUGUUAUGGAAAAUGUCUUUCAAAAUUGCUUUACCAAAAAGUAAAGGAUACUUUGGUAAAAUUAAGACUUGAUGAAGAAAAAUUGCCAAUGAAAGAAAUUAUCAAAUAGCAAUGAUAAACAUAAGGAGUUGUCACUGAAUUAUUAAAACUGGAAGGCUCUGGAGAGAACUUGAAAUUUUCAGAAUAUGUACUGUUCAUGUCAGAUUCAACAGAAAUUUUUAGUAUAUUUUGUUUUCUGAGGUAUUUCAAAUGACAAGCAAAGUACAUAUUGUAUGUGUUAUACAAUAAACCAUAUUUUCAA